GAUGUUCUCAAGGACCAGAGUCACGUGAUGUAUGAGGGCAAACACAUCCACUUCUCGGAGGUGGACAAUAAGCCAUUGUGCUCAUACAGCCCAAAGCUCUGCAAGCAGCGCAGACUCAAUGGCUAUGCCUUCUGUAUCCGUCAUGUCCUGGAGGAUAAGACCGCCCCCUUCAAGCAAUGUGAAUAUGUGGCCAAGUACAACAGCCAACGAUGCACCAACCCCAUCCCCAAGUCUGAGGACCGCAGGUGGGUGUGGCGUUCCAAUAGAGGCUGUCCUCGGCACAGAAGACGUCAGGUCUUUGUGAUUGAUUUAUCUGUUAUAGUUGUGAACAGCAUGUUAAAGAUGUGUUUGUUCCACAGAUACUGUAACAGCCACCUCCAAGUUCUUGGGUUUAUCCCCAAGAAGGAGCGGAAGAAGAAGCACGAUGCAUUGGAGGAGAUGCGCUCACGACCUCACCUGGAGUCAGUGGCUCUUAACAUAACUGUGCCCUCGCUGGCUCUGAAGGCCUCCAAUGGCCUGGAUGAGCUGCCACCCUUUCCACCCUGCACCCGUCUGCUAUCCCCUCCAGAUGGGGAGCUCCUGGACCCUUUUGCCUUCUACGAGGACACUGACGGGGAAGAGGGCCCUCCUCGGAAGGGCUCCACCGUCAGGAAGAAACUACACAGUCGACUGUUGCUCAGCCAGAAACUCCAGCUCCGCCAUCACGACAAUGCCCUCCUCCAACCACCUCCAGAGCACUUUAGCCCCUCUCCUCUCACCUGCGUGCACCGCUCUUCGCCCCUCCAUCCUCAUCUUCCCCGUCAGCAGCAGACAGGACUCCUCCAGCCCCUCCAGCAAUCCACCAUGCCUUCGUUUGUCCUCCCAGGACAGCAGCAGGGUUUAUUAUGCAAGCCAGCUCCACCUCAGACUCCCGCCUUUCUGCCUGUCGGGCUGCCCCCCAACACAGCUCCCAGUCCGCCGCAGUCCUCCUGUCCCCCUCUCAGCAGGAAAGCCACGCCCAUGCCAUGCAGUAGCUGGGACAGCGCUCAGCGGCAUUUGGUGGCCAUGCGCCCGGCUGCCUUCUCACCUCCCCCUGCCUGCCUGGCCAGGUUACAGCAUCUGGUGCAGCUCUGCGCCCAAAGACAUCAGGAGCACGGAGACCUGUUCCAUCAUCUAGGUACCUCUCCUCCCUAUUCACAUGACAUACUGUAUUUGGCUUAUUAGUUGAACGUGGGCUUGUAUUGGGUCUGUGUAAGGUCAAUAAAGAUACUGCUGAGACCAGCUGUACUGACAGGUUAUCUUCUUUUCAGGGUUGGACUGGUCUGAAGACAGUUCAGAGGAUGAUGACGUGGAGGCAGAGAGAGUUCCACCCUAUCACAACGCCUGGAGACUACAGGAAGGACACCUGCAGGACGUGUAAGUUCCUUACUCACGUAGUUAGGCUAUCAUGAAAUCAGACAUUAUUUGUUUUUGACUUGUUUAUUUUUCUAUUGCAGCUCAGAUGAAGAUGCUUGCAGCUCGCGGAGAACGCGGCUGGCUCGCCUGUGCUCAUACCUCCAGGAGAAAUACAAGCACCUGUGCAGGCAGGAGAGGGCUACUACGCGCCAGAAGAGAUACCACUAUGCCUUCCGCAAAGCCCUGCUGCACGCCGCCAGUAAAGACCCCGACUGUGCUGGCCAGUUGAUUCAGAAGCUGCGCAAGGUCUCCCAGAACUCAAGGUAAAGUAAACACUCAACACUGUGCACAACACUCCCAUUUAUGCAAUUGAGCCUGACUAACCUGGUCAAUCUCCUCCAAUACCAUAUCAAUGGGAAAAUGUCAAAAUGAAUGACUUAUUCAUGAAUAACUAGUGUCAUGCGUUUUCCCCGGGUUCUGGAUACCAAAGUCUUUAGGUAACGUUUUUCCAUGUUGUGAUGCGAAUACAUCCUCAUUUGAACAUGGCCCCUUAUUUAAAUUGUAUCUGUGAGUGUUUAUUUCUAUGUGUAUUGUAAUUGCAGGUUCCUGCUUAACUUACAUUAUUCAUAUCAUGCCAUAGUAGAGAUCUCGUUUCACCUGAACCAUUUAAAAGUGUUUAGUAAUUGAGUGUGUCUGAAUUUGUUAUUGGCUAAAGAGGUAAUUGUAGGCCCCUCCCACUAAGUGAGAUGAUGAGCGACAGCUGUUUGUGGGAGAGUGCCAGUAGGGAAGAGCAUUAAGCAGGGACAGACCAGCGAAGAUUAUUAUUUGAUAAUUGGUCUUAAUCUUUUAGUCCUUGUUUUUACCAUUUUAUCUCUUUGCCAUUUUGAAGCCUUUUUUUGUAAUGUAUAUAUUUAUUGAAAAUACUCCAAAUUUGGAAGAAACUGUUGCAGUUCUUUUAGUAAAACCCUUUUCUAUGUGAAGGGCAUCGGCCAGCCCUCUCACACUGGUCAUGUGGUCAGUAAUGAUAGUUGUGUUGUGAAGAGCCGAGGGAGUGUUGAUAUGGUUGUGUCCUGAGCGUGGGGUCUAUCUGUCUCUCUCCUCAGUGCGCCGGGGCAGCAGCACACGGAGACGGGAAUCUGCACUGGAAGCACCAAGGGCCAGGCCUGUAGCAGCCGAGCUCUACCCUUCACCCAACACUGCUUCCAGCGUAUCCUUUUCACCCACCUCUUACAUGGCACACUGGACUGUUGGGACCAAACUGUCAUUUAUUGGGGAAUAUUGCUUUACAACUAGUCGUAAUAGAACUUAAGACUCAAAGUAUGGAUCCUGUUUUUGAGACAUGACAGUUGUCCUCUUUUCCAUUGGAGUGCUUCCUUCACGGUUUCUCUGCAGACAUUCUGUUGAAUCGCUCCCAGCAGCUCUUCUCCAGUUGCACAGCCAAAUUUGCCGAUGGACAACAGUGCUCCAUUCCUGUGUUUGACAUCACGCAUCAGACACCGCUCUGUGAGGAGCAUGCCAAAAAGAUGGUCAGUACAUUGGGAGUACCAUUGUUAUACAUGUGCCACAUUAUCUGCUCUGUGAUAAAAUACUUACGGACAUGUGUUUUUUUCUCUAUAGGACAAUUUCUUGCGUGGAGACGGUAACCGAAGAGUGCAGCACCAGCAGCAGCAGCGAAAGCCGCGUAAGAAGACCAAACCGCCUGCGCUCACCAAGAAACACAAGAAGAAGAGGAGGAAAGGGCCGUGGCGGCCCCAGAAGCCCAUCCCGCCGGCGCUGCCCCAGGGGAACCUGGGAAUGCCUUCCUCCUCCAGCCUGACCAUGCCCACCCAGGCCAGCAUCAGGUCUGUCCCCAGAACCACCAGGUCUCUGACUGUGUCUGAAAUGGCACCCUAUUCCCUAUAUAGUGCACUACUUUUGAUCAUAAGGUAGUGCACUACAUAGGGAAUUUGGGUGCCAUUUGGGACACAGUCUUUCUCUUUCUAACAGCUCUACUAUGAACCAGUGGCAGUGGUGCCGUUAUAAGAUGAGGGAGGAGCCCUUUAAUUAAAAAAAAAAUUGAGCAUGGCCUUAUUUCUAUUACAGCAUAUUGGAUGACUGUCAUUCAUAUUCCAUUCACCCAGCUCCGUGUAACAUCUAUAGGUUUAGGCUACUACAUGAUACUCUAAUUUUCCCCUAUGCCCAUCAUGAGUUUGCUAUAACCUAGCCUACGAAUGAAAGUUUACAACGUGGGUGCACAGGUCGAGAGAAAUUUGAGUAAUCAAGGUGACAGACAGUGACACAUUCAAUACAGCCUUGCACAUGCCUGCCUGCAUCUAACUGAUCUAGGGUGUAUUCAUUAGUCCAACAGUUGUAAACAAGAGUUUCUAUUGGACAAAUUCAGGUAUGUUUAUCCCCGUUCUGUUUACGAAAUGUUUUUCAACAGAAUCGGCAGAAUGAAUACACCACUGAUCACCUGCAAACACAGUUCACGUUCACAGCAGCCACAUACAAACAGCAUGAUCCCUUUGAUCGUUGUAUAAUUCCUUCUCGCUUCAACACGCUCUCCUCCUCUCACCUUUUCCCUUCGCUUGUGGACUUCAGUGCACAACACAACAGCAGUCUGUGACCAGGCGGAAAAAAAAACUUUCCAAGCCAAACCUUCAUAUCAUAACCACUAACCGCUACACACAGCCUUCAUCGUUUUCACCAUAUUAGCUAACGUCAUAGUCCAAAUCAAAUUGUAUUUACUGUGAAAUGCUUACUUACAAGCCCUUAACCAACAAUGCAGUUAAGAAAAUAGAGUUAAGAAAAUAUUUACGAAAUAAACUAAAGUGAAAAAUAAAAGAGCAACAAUAAAAUAACAAUACUGAGGCUAUAUACAGGGGGGUACCGAGUCACUGUGCGGGGGUAUAGGUUAGUAGAGGUAAUUGAGGUAAUAUGUACAUGUACAGUGACUAUGCAUAGAUAAUAGAUCAUAAACAGCAAGUAGCAGCAGCGUAAAAAAAGGGGGAGGGGGGGGGGGGUAGCCAUUUGAUUAGCUGUUCAGCAGUCUUAUGGCUUGGGGGUAGAAGCUGUAGAACUUUUUGAGGAUCUGAGGACACAUGCCAAAUAUUUUCAGUCUCCUGAGGGGGAUUUAGGCGUUGUUGUGCCCUCUUCACGACUGUCUUGGUGUGUUUGGACCAUGAUAGUUUGUUGGCGAUGUGGACACCAAGGAACUUGAAGCUCUCAACCUGCUCUACUACAGCCCCGUCGAUGAGAAUGGGGGCGUGCUCGGCCCUCCUUUUCCUGUAGUCCACGAUCAUCUCCUUUUGUCUUGAUCACGUUGAGGGAGAGGUUGUUAUCCUGGCACCACACUGCCAGGUCUCUGACCUCUUCCCUAUAGGCUGUCUCAUCGUUGAUGGUGAUCAGGCCUACCACCGUUGUGUCGUCAGCAAACUUAAUGAUGGUGUUGGAGUCGUGCUUGGCCAUGCAGUCAUGGGUGAACAGGGAGUACAGGAGGGGACUAAGCACGUACCCCUGAGGGGCCCCCGUGUUGAGGAUCAGCGUGGCAGAUGUGUUAUUGCCUACCCUUACCAACUGGGGGCGGCCCGUCAGGAAAUCCAGGAUCCAGUUGCAGAGGGAGGUGUUUAGUCCCAGGGUCCUUAGGGAUGAGUUUUGUGGGCAACAUGGUGUUGAACGCUGAGCUGUAGUCAAUGAACAGCAUUCUCACGUAGGUGUUCCUUUUGUCCAGGUGGGAAAAGGCAGUGUUGAGUGCAAUAGAGAUUGCGUCAUUUGUGGAUCUGUUGGGGCGGUAUGCAAAUUGGAAUGGGUCUAGGGUUUCUGGGAUGAUGGUGUUGAUGUGAGCCAUGACCAGCCUUUCAAAGCACUUCAUGGCUACAGACGUGAGUGCUACGGGUCAGUAGUCAUUUAGGCAGGUUACCUGUUCUUUGGUACAGGGACUAUGGUGGAUGGCUUGAAACAUGUUGGUAUUACAGACUCAGUCAGGGACAUGUUGAAAAUGCCAGUGAAGACAGUUGCCAGUUGGUCAGCGCAUGCUCUGAGUACACUUCCUGGUAAUCCGUCUGGCACCGCGGCCUUGUGAAUGUUGACCUGUUUAAAGGUCUUAAUCACAUCGGCUACGGUGAGUGUGAUCACACAGUCGUCCGGAACAGCUGGUGCUCUCAUGUAUGCUUCAGUGUUGCUUGCCUCGAAGCGCGCAUAGAAGUCAUUUAGCUCAUCUGGUAGGCUUGUGUUACUGGGCAGCUCGCGGCUGGGCUUCCCUUUGUGGUCCGUAAUAGUUUGCAAGCCCUGCCACAUCCGACGAGCGUCGGAGCCGGCACAGUAGGAUUCAAUCUUAGUCCUGUAUUUACGCUUUGCCUGUUUGAUGGUUCGUCUUAGGUCAUAGCGGGAUUUCUUAUAAGCGUCCUGGUUAGAGUCCCGCUCCUUGAAAGCGGCAGCUCUACCCUUGAGCUCAGUGCGGAUGUUGCCUGUAAUCCAUGGCUUCUGGUUGAGGUAUGUACGUAUGGUCACUGUGGGGACAACGUCAUUGAUGCACUUCUUGAUAAAGCCGGUGACUGAUGUGGUAUACUCCUCAAUGCCAUCGGAUGAGUCCCGGAACAUAUUCCAGUCUGUGCUAGCAAAACAGUCCUGUAGCUUAGCAUCUGCGUCAUCUGACCACUUCCGUAUUGAGCGAGUCAGUGGUUUGUGGUGGUAAAUAGACAGCUACGAAAAAUAUAGAUAAACUCUCUUGGUAAAUAGUGGGGUCUACAGCUUAUCAUGAGAUACACUACCUCAGGCGAGCAAAACCUAGAGACUUCCUUAAUAUUUGAUUUCACCCACCAGCUGUUAUUGACAAAUAGACACAGACCGCCACCCCUUGUCUUACCGGAGGCAGCUGUUCUGUCUUGCCGAUGCACGGAAAAACCAGCCAACUGUAUAUUAUCCAUGUUGUCAUUCAGCCAAGACUCUGUGAAACAUAAGAUAUUGCCGUUUUUAAUGUCCCGUUGGUAGGAUAGUCUUGAACGGAGCUCAUCCAGUUUAUUCUCCAAUGAGUGCACGUUGGCCAAUAGGACGGAUGGUAGAGGCGGGUUACCCACUCGCCGACGAAUUCUCACAAGGCACCCGUACCUGCGUCCCCUGUAUCUGUGUCUUCUCUUCACGCGAAUGACAGGGAUUUGGGCCUGGUGGUGGUAUCUGGAGUAAAUCCUUCGCGUCUGACUCGUUAAAUAAAAAAUCUUCGUCCAGUUCGAGGUGAGUAAUCGCUGUUCUGAUAUCCAGAAGCUAUUUUCGGUCGUAAGAGACAGUGGCAGAAACAUUAGUUACAAAAUAAGUUACAAAUAACGUGAAAAAACACACAAAAUAGCACAAUUGGUUAGGAGCCCGUAAAACGGCAGCCAUCUCCUCCGGCGCAUUAACAUAGCUACUAGAACUAACGUGUUAGUAAACCCGCUACAAUCAUGCAGUACAGUGUACAGCAAGCAGUUUAGCAAUUACACCGGCAGGCCCCGGUGGCAAUAAAUUAAUAAAACCAGUCUUACCUUGACUUGGAAGAGUUCCAGUGUUGGAUAGCCUUAGCCAGCUAGCUAACAUAGCAUCCCUCUCUGUUUAUUAAUAAUAAUAAUAAUAAUAAUAAUAUGCCAUUUAGCAGACGCUUUUAUCCAAAGCGACUUACAGUCAUGCGUGCAUACAUUUUUUUUUUUGUGUGUAUGGGUGGUCCCGGGGAUUGAACCCACUACCCUGGCGUUACAAGCGCCGUGCUCUACCAGCUGAGCUGGGUGUUUGAGUUGGCUAAACAAGCUAGCUGUGAAAGUGAAAAAAAUAUAACGAAAUAUAGCUCUCUCUCUUGCUUCUCCUUCAUUUUUUAAAGAAAUGUAUUUGUUCAAAACUGUUCAACUAUUGUCUUUCUCUCUCUUUACAUUUACAUUUUAGUAAUUUAGCAGACGCUCUUAUCCAGAGCGACUUACAGUUAGUGAGUGCAUACAUUUUCAUACUGGCCCCCUGUGGGAAACGAACCCACAACCCUGGCGUUGCAAGCGCCAUGCUCUACCAACUGAGCUACAAGGGACUGAAAAAAAAAAAAAUGAAUCAACUACUCACCACAUUUUAUGCAUUGCAGUGCUAGCUAGCUGUAGCUUAUGCUUUCAUUACUAGAUUCAUUCUCUGAUAUUUUGAUUGGGUGGACAUGUCAGUUUAUGUUUUAGUCAUUUAGCAGACGCUCUUAUCCAGAGCGACAUACAGGAGCAAUUAGGGUUAGGUGCCUUGCUCAAGGGCACAUCGACAGAUUUUUCACCUAGUCGGCUCGGGGAUUAGAACCAACGACCUUUCGGUUUCUGGCACAAUGCUCUUAACCACUAAGCUACCUGCCGCCCAGUUCAUGCUGCAAGAGCUCUGAUAGGUUGGAGGACAUCCUCCGGAAGUUGUCAUAAUUACUGUGUAAGUCUAUGGAAGGGGGUGAGAACCAUGAGCCUCCUAGGUUUUAUAUUGAAGUCGAUGUACCCAGAGGAGGAUGGAAACUAGCUGUCCUCCGGCUACACCAUGGUGCUACCCUAGAGGGUGCUGUUGAGGCUACUGUAACCCUUCAUUGCAAAACAGUGUUUUAAUAAAUUAUUUGGUGACGUGAAUAUAUUUAGUAUAGUUUUAUCUAAAAAGGAUAACUUUUUUUUUUACAUUUCACUUUUUUCUGAAAUUCACUGAGGAGGAUGGUCCUCCCCUUCCUCCUCUGAGGAGCCUCCACUGAUAUGAACACAUUGUUCCAGACACUAGGAGUGUGUGCUGUGUAUGCACAGUCCUUGUGUAUUUGCUGAAGUUUUUUUUCUUGGUGGCAGGAGUCCCUCGACACCCGAACUGAGCACCGAUGAGCUUCCUGAUGACAUCACCAAUGACAUGUCAGACAUUCCAAACGACCUCGAGCUGAACCAGGAGGAUUUCUCCGACGUGUUACCCAGGCUCCCCGAUGACCUUCAGGACUUUGACUUGUUUGAAGGUAAUUUGUUGUUAUGGAUUUCACCACUCUAGCUCCUAUUCAUAAUGUUAGUUUAUACUUCUAGUUUGAACUUUCUAGAUAAGCUCUUAGGUGUGACAUCAGCUACUAUUAUUAUUACUAUUAUUGUCUUUACAAAAAUAGUUUUAUUUGAACAGGUUUGUCUGAAUAUUGUUAUUGAAUAAACUGAAGGCUCAACUAUUUGCUCACAUUUCUUCCUGCUCUCUGAGAAAGGGAGAUGGUUGGUAGAUAAAUGAUAUUGUGUACAUCCUCAGGUAAGAAUGGGGAGCUGCUGCCCACCACCGAGGAGGCUGAGGAGUUGGUGAGAGCACUGCAGGCUGGGCUGAUGGGCUCCUACCCAGACUCCCUGGUGUGCCUGACCUCCAUGACGGAGCUGGCGCAGGACCACCGGGCCAUGGCAGCAGUGUUCCCUGGGCCAGGGGUCCAGCCUGGGGGGAUGGGGGACCUGCUCAACGGCCGCAUCCCAGCAGAGAACUUCCCCAACCUGGAGCUGGAGGACAACCUGCUGCACUCUGCUGGUGGCCACUUCUCCCCCGCGGUGUCACCUCAGCAGCCCCCUGCCCAGGGCCAGACUCCUCCCUCGGGACCCAGCCUCACCUCCUCCACCCGCCCAGUCCCCCGGACACACCCGCCCCACAUCUUGGCCAAGCCAGUGGCGCCCACCUCGCCUCCGCAGGGCAUCCAUUACAGCAGCGAGCAUGUACCAUCCCCCUACAGCGACCACAUGUCCUCUCCCCACGCCACCUCCUUCCAGACUGACUCUCCUCUCCUGCUGGAGGUACCAAGCCCCCCGCGCUCCUCCUGGAACAACCUCCCCCUGCCCCUCACUGACCCCAUACAGUUCGGCAAUCUCAUCAGACCAGAGGGCCACCUCGUAUCCACCUCUCUGUCCACUCCCCUCUCUUCCACCUCCCACUCUGUGACCCUACAGCCCGUGGCUGCCCUCUCAGCGUUGCCCCAGAGCGGCUUGACGGGCUUGACUGCGCUCCCCGCCCUCUCGCCACCACGCGACCUCUUGACCUCCACCCAGCCCAAGCAGCAGCUCCCUCAGUUCAGUGCUGCCUUCGGCCACCAGCUGGCCUCCCACAGUGGCAUCCCCAAGGACGUGCAGCCCAGUCACAGCUCCACAGCGCCCCCCACUGGCUUCUCCAUAGCUAGUGCCACCGCUGCAACGCCCCCCUUUCCACACAGUAACUAG